UGCUGGCUACUGCCUGAAAAUGGUCAUGUUUAGUAGUUCUGCUGGCUCUGCAAACUGGGUGCUCCGGAGGGGACUGUGGGGACUGAUGCUGAUCUUGUCUGUAGCCAUAUAUGGCUCCCAUGCUCCCCUCCUGACACGGUGCAAGGUGGACGGGAUGAUCCCCUUCAGCUCCACGUCCGUUGUGGUUCUUGUCGAGCUGACAAAGCUGGUGUUCUCCCUCCUGUUCCUGCUGACCUGGGACCGGGAGCUGCUGGGAGUCACUGUGUCAUGGCGCCACGUUGUCCCCUUCGCCCUCUCUGCCCUGCUCUAUGCUGCCAACAACAACCUGGUGGUUCACAUGCAGCUCUUCAUGGAUCCCAGCACCUACCAGGUCUUGAGUAACUUAAAGAUUGUCAGCACCGCGCUCCUCUACAGCCUCUUCCUGCACCAAAGACUCAGCAUGCGCAAAUGGCUGGCUCUGUUCCUGCUGGUGGCUGCUGGGGUGAGCUACAGUUGCGGUGGCCUGCAAGACCCUGGCAGCCCCUCUGAGAUGCAGCUGCACAUCACGCUGGUGGGCUUGUUGCUGAUCUCCGUAUACUGCCUGAUAUCGGGCUUGUCUGCUGUCUACACAGAAGCCAUCCUGAAAAUGCAGGCCUUGCCUCUCAGCCUUCAGAACCUCUUCCUUUACUUCUUUGGGGUCCUGUUCAACUUGAUCGGCUACUUCUGGAGCAGCGUGGAGGGCGGUUUCUUGGAGGGCUUUUCCUCCUGGGUGUUGGUGAUUGUGAUCAGCCAGGCCUUGAAUGGCUUGAUCAUGUCCGUGGUCAUGAAGCACAGCAGUAACAUCACUAGGCUCUUCGUGAUCUCCUGCUCGAUCCUGGUCAACGCCCUCCUGUCUGUCACCCUCUUCAAUCUGCAGCUCACCCUCCUCUUCUUUGUUGCUGUCUUAUGCAUCGGCCUCGCUGUUCACUUGUACUAUGGGGUCACGUAGCUGCUGCCUCCCUGCCCUCCAUGUGCCAGGGCAGCCUUUAGUCGUUCCUCAGGGGUGUUUAGUGCUUGUGCCGGGGCUGGUGUUGGAAGCACAGAGGUGCUCUUGCUGUCGGCUUCCCCACGCUGGUGUUUGCGGGGUGUUGUUACUGGUGGGCACAUGCACGACUAGCCAGGGGCCCCAGAGGAAGAAUGCUGAGGGGGAAGCGUCCUGUCUCUGUUGCCAGGGGGGGAAGCUGGGCCCUGCUCCAGCCCAGGCAGGCUCUGUGCCACGGGGUUCCUGUGAGAUCAGACAUGCCCAGCCCCAAGGGUGGGUCCUGAGCCCCUUGUGCAUGUGGCAUCUCAUUCCCAAGCUGCUUCCCCCCAUCUCCCCUGCAUCAGAGUGUACCUGUCUCUUGUGCCUGUAAAUGCUCCUGCAGUGGUUAGCUCCGCUGUGCUGUGGGCUCCUCUGUGCACGGGCAGGCCUGCUGCACGAUCACUGCCAGGCCGGCGUUGAUCUGAUGCUGUUUCAACUCCUGUGGAUGAUGCUUCCCCUAGCUAUCUGCACAAGGCUGAGUGCUGGUGCCUGGAGAGCCUCGUGCUGUGUCCAGGGACAUCUCUCCCACCUCUGCAGUCUUCCAGCCCACCCCUGGCUAAAGAGCUGCUGUCCUUAGGCCCCAUUUCCCCUUCUCGGGCAUGGUGUCACUGCUUCAUGCAGAGAAGAUGGGGAAUGGGGGGAUGUGGGAACUGUUUCACCUGCUUUCCAAAAGGGAAACAGCACCCAAAUUUGUACCAGUGCUGCAGCUAGUGGGUUCCUGGCAAGCAGAAGUCGCUGCUGGCCCUGGCAAGGGUUAUUAAAGUUGCAGUUCAACAGCA